AUUUAAAUCUAAAUUUAAUUUUUGUAAAUUUUCGAGAAUUUUUUUGUGAUCCAUUGGGGGAGGUCAAGAGGCGGUCCGGUGUUAAUUUCCGGGUCGAACAAUGGUUCCGGUCACAGUCAGAGAGAUCGGCUCCGUCUGAAUCGGAGGCUCAGCUGCUUCGCCCAAUUGUAAUUACCUGCUUAUUGAGGUAAUCAUAAAUUCAUCACCGAAGAAGUAGAUAUAUUGUUGUUGUUUUCUGUGAUUUCUGUUGUUUUCAUCCCGAGAUUGCGUUUGGUUCGAUGGCUAGAAGUGGAAGGGGAAGUGAAGAUAUCUAAGUUAGAAUUGCCGUCAUAUCCCAAUACUCAUGAAUCACAGUAUGGCAUCUUUAGUAUGCUCUCCAUACACAAGAUUGUCGUGUACUCUUCCCCAUGUUCGGUGUCAUCACCCCAACAAAUCUGUGAAGCAUAAUAGUAAUAAUAAUAAUAUUCUUAAUGGAGGAACCUUUCCCAAAAUGCCCCUUAAACUGCUGCCUGUUUGCUGUUCGAACCCCUCUUCAUGGGAACCUGCACCCUAUGCUCUCAGAGGUGAUGGCAAAACAAGAUUUCUAGAAGGGACCACUAGUUUAUUUGACACUAUGAUUCCCAAAAAAAGUGAAGAAGAAGAAGAAGAAGAUUCAAUAAACAAAAUCAAUACUACAGAAUCAAGUAGUGAGAGGGCUGUGAAGAUUCAAUACUUUCAAUGGCCAAUGUGGCUUGUUGGACCGGUCCUACUUUUAGCCACAGGAAUCGUACCCACUCUAUGGCUACCCAUUUCAUCGGUCUUCCUCGGACCCAACAUAGCCAGCCUUCUUUCUCUGACAGGUCUCGACUGCAUUUACAAUCUCGGAGCUACACUCUUCCUCCUACUCGCCCAUUCGUGCGCACAAAGACAAAUCCCAACUCAAGAUCCCAACAAUGCCCCUCCUCUCACUUACCGGCUAUGGAACAUGUUUGCGAGCGUUGUUGGAUUUAUGAUCCCCGUGGCAGUCAUGUUGGGUUCUCAAAAGGGUCUAGUUCAGCCCCAUCUGCCCUUGAUUCCUUCAGCGGUUCUUCUGGGCCCCUAUCUUCUGCUUCUCUCAAUACAAAUGCUCACGGAGUUGCUGACGUGGCACUGGCGGUCCCCGGUUUGGUUGGUCACGCCGGUGGUGUAUGAAGGCUACCGGUUGUUGCAGCUGAUGAGGGGCUUGAAGCUGGGUGCAGAGCUAAGUGUGCCUUCAUGGAUGUUACACACAACCAGGGGCCUUGUCUGUUGGUGGGUAUUGAUCCUCGGCGUUCAGCUCAUGGCAGUCGCUUGGUACGCUGGUUUCGCUGCUAGUUCUGAUCAUCGACAAAAGCUGCGUGGUCUUGCUGCCGGCAAUUCCAACUAGUUUGUUGGAAUGUACUCUCUACUGUUUUUUUGGUGAUGUAUAUGAAAAAUUAGUGUUUUUUUUCUCUUUUUCUUUUGGUUUCUGCCAACACAUGAGAGGAAGAUAUAUGACAAGUUUAUGCUUUUAUUUAUACAACGAGUUGUGCGCUUAUGUGUUUUAUGUUGGUUUUUUAGCAUUUGCAUACAUUUUAACCGCAAAAAGAUUCACUUCUCUAACCGUGGUACAAAGACUUGAUAAAAUGGAUGAAUAGAGGAAGUGUAUAGUA